AUGUCUUCUCUUUUCGAGAUUCCACGGGGUCGCUACCUUGAAAUCCCGGGGAGCACGACCUACGCGAGUAAUUCCCGCUCCAAAUUCAUGCACGACCUGGAAUCCACUCCCAGCUCCCCGCCUGAGAAAGCGCUUCCAGUAUCACUGGCACACUAUGAUAAUUCAUUCAUCCUUCCUCCGGCAAUCCAUUUUGACUCGAUCCACAAGUCCACUCGAGAAACCCCAUCGGGCCAUUCGAGUCGCAGCUCGCCCUGGAAAUCACCAAGCCUCUCUGCGAAUACCUAUGAAUGGGGCAGCAAUAAGGAUCUGGAUAAGGACGCACUUAGCUCCCUACAGGAAUACUGUAGCUCGUUUGAUCAAGUCAGGCUUUUGAAGCGUGGGUUACAAAGACUAGUGUGA